ACACGACAGCUCAGACCCCGCUAGUAAGACGUGGACGUGGAGCUGUUAUGCACCGAGUUACCUUCGGCCAGCCAGCCUCGUCUCAUAGUCAGUCGGGAGUGGCUCUACGGGCAAAACCAUCGAUCCCAGCAUUUCUCCUAAUAAAUACUCGUGCUUGCUCACCUCAUCAUCUAGAAGUUUCCACAACGCGCUCAAACCGCCCCACUCACUCUCGCCCGUACCAAUCACCACAGCUAAACUCCGACGUCUCCUCCGCCUCCUCCACGCCCUCUACGCUCACUCCCCAUUUCCCAUCCACGCGUGACGCAGAAUGGCGCCAGGCAACGAGUAUGCCGCCGAGCAGCUGAAAACGCAAGGAAAUCAAUGCUUUAAGAAUGCCGAUUAUGAUGGCGCGGAAGCGUACUACUCGCAGGCCAUCCAGAAGAACUCCAGCAACCCGCUACUGUUUACAAAUCGGGCAAACGCGCGGCUGAAGCUGGAGAAGUGGGAGGGAGUUAUCGAUGAUUGUAUACGGAGUAUCGAGCUGUUGAAGGAUAAUAUGAAGGCGUUUUUCUAUCUGGCACAAGCACAACUCAGUAUCAACCACCCUAAUGAAGCGCUGUCCAGCGCCCUCAUGGCCUACGAACUAUGUACUACCUCUGCACAACAAACAUCCAACGCCGCCACCAUCUCCGCCCUCGUCCUCAAGUGCAAGAAAGCCAAGUGGGACAUCCGCGAGCGCGAGCGCGUACGGCGACGCGGCGACCUCCUCUCCGACCUAGAAUCGCUGCUCGAAACGCAGUACAAGAAAGAUAUGGACGAGGUGGACGCGCGGAUAGAAUCCAACGCCGUCAGCCGCGCCGACGGGCAUGAAGAGAAAGAGGAGCGCAAGAGCGAGUUUGAGAAGAAGCGCGACGACCUCCGAACCUCAUUCGCCAUCUCCGACCCGGAGCACCAGCAGAAGCGCGAAGUGCCCGACUACCUCGUCGACGGGAUAACAUUCGAGAUCAUGCACGACCCGGUUGUGACGAAGAACGGCCGGUCGUACGAGCGCGCGACGCUGAUCGAGCAUCUCAAGCGUAGCCCGACGGAUCCGCUGACGAGGGAGACGCUGACGAUUGCGGAGCUGAGGCCGAAUAUCGCGCUCAAGGAGGCGUGUCUUGACGGCUUCUUUGUUGGCCUGUGCUGUGAGCGAGAGCGUCCAAGCCAACAACAGCAAUUGCGUAGCUGUUGGCCGUCUCCCGGGCAGCAAAGUGCCCUCGCGACCAUGAACACGGCCGUGCAGAUGCGGGCCCUCCGCGUUCGCCCUUCCAUCGCCCGCUGUCGCCCUUCCCACCGCCCGUUCCUGCACCCCACGAGGUCUGUGACCAUUGCUGCCCACGAGGCCGCGACCAACGUCCGCUCGGCCGGCACUCGCACCAAGAACCUCAUCUACGGCAGCGUCAUCACCCUCGGCCUUUCCCUGGGCUACCUCUACACCACCGACACGCGCGCCAGCAUCCACGAAUGGCUCAUCGUGCCCGCACUGCGCCAGAUCUACCCCGACGGCGAGGAUGCCCACGAAGCGGGGACCCGCAUGCUGAAGGUGCUGCACAGCUUUGGCCUGAAUCCCCGGGAGCGCGGCAACGACGACGGGGCCGGUGAUCUGGCCGUCGAGGUUUUUGGGCACAGACUGGCGAACCCGAUUGGGACGUCGGCAGGUAUCGACAAGGGCGCUGAGGUUCCGACACCGCUGCUGCAGCUGGGCGCUGGGCUGGUCGAGGUCGGCGCUGUGACGCUGUUGCCGCAGGAGGGGAACCCCAAGCCGCGAGUAUUCCGCCUGCCGAGCCAGAACGCCUUGAUCAACCGCUAUGGAUUCAACUCGGAAGGUGCAGAAGUGGUCGCUAUGAGGUUGCGUCAGCGCGUGAGGGAGUUUGCAUACCACGCUGGCCUGGGCAUGGAUGAAGACGCGGAACGAGCGGUGCUUGACGGCGAAGCUGGCGUGCCUCCGGGGUCGCUCAUCUCUGGACGCCUCAUGGCUGUCCAGGUCGCGAAGAACAAGACAACCUCGGAAGAAGACAUUGAAGCCGUGGUCCGCGACUACACGACCGCCGUGAGCCACGUGGGGAAAUACGCCGACAUCCUCGUCGUCAACGUCUCGUCGCCCAACACGCCCGGUCUGCGCACCCUGCAGAACGUCGAGCCCCUAACUCGCCUCCUCUCGGGCGUCGUACAAGCCGUCAAGAAAAUCGACCGCAAGACCAAGCCCGCCAUCAUGGUCAAAGUCAGCCCCGACGAAGACUCAGAAGAGCAAAUCUCCGGCAUCUGCGAAGCAGUCUGGGACUCUGGCGUCGACGGCGUCAUCGUAGGCAACACAACCAAGAAGCGGCCCGACCCCCUCCCAAAAGGCUACAAGCUCCCCAACGCAGAGGCACGCCUCCUCCUCGAACAGGGCGGCUACUCGGGCCCGCAGAUGUUCGAGCGCACCCUCGCCCUCGUAGCAAAAUACAGGAGAACUCUCGACGACGGACCGAAAGCCGUCCCUGCGCCUGAAAAGCCGGCGAAAACAUCCUCCCCAACGACGAAAACUACCUUCCACAUCGAUGAGGCUACACCUUCGUCCAAUAUCGACGACCUCGCCGAAUCGGCCCCAACACUCACCGUGCAUGCCACGCCUGACACCGCGCCCGCACCGCAAACCCCGAGGAAAGUCAUCUUCGCGACGGGUGGCAUUACGAAUGGACGGCAGGCGAGAGAGAUUCUAGACGCGGGUGCUAGUGUAGCGCAGGUCUACACUGCGUUGAUUUAUAGCGGGGCGGGCACGAUUAGCAGGAUCAAGAAGGAGAUGAGGGAGGAGGCGGCGAAGCAGGGGACGGUUACGAAGAGGUAG